AGCAGAGGGAAGCCGGGAGCAGAUAGAAGGGAAAAGAGCUCAGGGUUGGACAUUUUUGGAGCUAGGGGUGGGGAGGAGAAAGGGAGCGCACCUCCUCGAUUUUCCCCUCCCCACCCCUCUUUGCUUUUCUCUCCCCUUCGUUGUACAGCAUUUUCCAGAAGCGGCAACAGAAGGGGACAGAAACCUCUAGUCGAGAAAGAUUUGGAGGGGUGGCGGGGUCUCCCGCCAGCCGCUACCUGGCAGCUGGAGCUUGAGUGUGCGUUUGUGCAUGUGGGAGUGUAAAUGCGGUUCUCUCUCUGUGGCUCUCUCUCCCUGUCUCUCUCUCCCCGUCUCUCCUCUCUCUCCCCCUCACAGUCCCGUGUCGGCCGCCCCUGUCAGUUUGCCCCUGUCAGUUUCUUCCCUGGCUCUUAUUGUGUGGCUGGCUGCGCGAAGGGAGUGCGUGUGUUUGAAGCGGCCCAGGCUGGGUCAUACAGCCCGGAGAAGCGAGAGAACAGGCAGGGGGCGGGUGGAGUGAAGAGUUUCGGGGCGCUGACGGAGGCGAAAGGUGAGGAGGGCCGGCCAGCUACAGGGAAGUUUAGGGAUAACUGAAGAGCGGAGGGAAAAACCAAGGUAGGAGCCUGCACUCGCGCCUCUCACCACACCCCGCCCCUUUCCCUGUGCUCCUCUGCCCGCCGCCGGGCAGCCUCCAGGCCCGCGGCUGUCCCAGGCGGCUGCUGUUUGCGCGCCGCCCGAAGACCCAGUCCCGCAAGGCGGCCGCACCGCGCGCCCUGGUUCGCCGACACCAGAGGACACAGAUCCGGACGAACCACUUGGCCCCGGGGUUGCUAAAUGCUAUGAACCAUGGCCCAACUGUACUACAAAAAAGUCAACUAUUCGCCAUACAGAGAUCGUAUCCCCCUGCAAAUUGUGAGGGCUGAGACCGAGCUCUCUGCAGAAGAGAAGGCUUUCCUCAAUGCUGUGGAGAAGGGGGACUAUGCCACCGUGAAGCAGGCCCUACAGGAAGCUGAGAUUUACUACAAUGUCAACAUCAACUGCAUGGAUCCUCUGGGCCGGAGUGCCCUGCUUAUUGCCAUUGAGAAUGAGAACUUGGAAAUUAUGGAGCUUCUACUGAACCACAGCGUAUAUGUAGGUGAUGCAUUGCUCUACGCCAUCCGCAAGGAAGUGGUGGGCGCUGUGGAGCUUCUGCUCAGCUACCGGCGGCCAAGUGGAGAGAAGCAGGUCCCCACCCUGAUGAUGGAUACCCAGUUCUCUGAGUUCACACCAGACAUCACUCCCAUCAUGCUGGCUGCCCACACCAACAACUACGAGAUCAUCAAAUUGCUUGUCCAAAAACGAGUCACAAUCCCACGACCCCACCAGAUCCGCUGUAACUGUGUGGAGUGUGUGUCCAGUUCAGAGGUGGACAGCCUGCGCCACUCCCGCUCCCGGCUGAACAUCUAUAAAGCUCUAGCAAGCCCCUCACUCAUUGCCUUGUCAAGUGAGGACCCUAUCCUAACUGCCUUCCGCCUAGGCUGGGAGCUCAAGGAGCUCAGCAAGGUGGAGAAUGAAUUCAAGGCCGAGUAUGAGGAGCUCUCCCAACAGUGCAAACUCUUUGCCAAAGACCUGUUGGACCAAGCUCGGAGCUCCCGGGAGUUGGAAAUCAUCCUCAACCAUCGAGAUGACCACAGUGAAGAGCUUGACCCUCAGAAGUACCAUGACCUGGCCAAGCUGAAGGUGGCAAUCAAAUACCACCAGAAAGAGUUUGUUGCUCAGCCUAAUUGCCAACAGUUACUUGCCACCCUGUGGUAUGACGGCUUCCCUGGAUGGCGACGGAAACACUGGGUAGUCAAGCUGCUUACCUGCAUGACCAUUGGGUUCCUGUUUCCCAUGCUGUCUAUAGCUUACCUGAUCUCACCCAGAAGCAACCUUGGGCUGUUCAUCAAGAAACCCUUUAUCAAGUUUAUCUGCCACACAGCAUCAUAUCUGACCUUCCUCUUCAUGCUUCUCCUGGCUUCUCAGCACAUCGUUAGGACAGACCUUCAUGUACAGGGGCCUCCCCCAACUGUCGUGGAAUGGAUGAUAUUGCCUUGGGUUCUCGGUUUCAUUUGGGGAGAGAUUAAAGAAAUGUGGGAUGGUGGAUUUACUGAAUAUAUCCAUGACUGGUGGAACCUGAUGGAUUUUGCAAUGAACUCACUCUACCUGGCAACCAUUUCACUGAAGAUUGUGGCCUAUGUCAAGUAUAAUGGUUCUCGUCCAAGGGAAGAAUGGGAAAUGUGGCACCCGACCCUGAUUGCAGAAGCGCUCUUUGCAAUAUCCAACAUUUUAAGUUCGUUGCGUCUCAUAUCCCUGUUCACAGCCAACUCCCACUUAGGACCUCUGCAGAUCUCUUUGGGGCGCAUGCUGCUUGAUAUCCUCAAAUUCCUCUUUAUCUACUGUCUAGUACUGCUGGCUUUUGCCAAUGGAUUGAACCAGCUUUACUUUUAUUAUGAGACCAGAGCAAUCGAUGAGCCAAACAACUGCAAGGGAAUCCGAUGUGAGAAACAGAAUAAUGCCUUCUCCACGCUCUUCGAAACCCUCCAGUCACUCUUCUGGUCUGUCUUUGGCCUUUUAAAUCUCUAUGUCACCAAUGUAAAAGCCAGACACGAGUUCACAGAGUUUGUGGGAGCUACCAUGUUUGGGACAUACAACGUCAUCUCCCUAGUUGUGCUGCUGAACAUGUUGAUUGCCAUGAUGAACAACUCCUACCAGCUUAUUGCCGAUCAUGCCGAUAUUGAGUGGAAGUUUGCAAGGACAAAGCUCUGGAUGAGUUACUUUGAUGAAGGUGGCACCUUGCCACCUCCUUUCAACAUCAUCCCCAGUCCCAAGUCAUUUCUCUACCUUGGUAACUGGUUUAACAACACCUUCUGCCCCAAAAGAGACCCUGAUGGUAGACGGAGGAGGCACAACUUGAGAAGCUUCACGGAACGCCAUGCUGACAGCCUGAUACAGAAUCAACAUUAUCAGGAAGUCAUCAGGAAUUUGGUCAAAAGAUAUGUGGCUGCUAUGAUAAGAAAUUCCAAAACAAACGAGGGACUAACAGAAGAAAAUUUUAAGGAAUUAAAGCAGGACAUUUCCAGCUUUCGAUAUGAAGUACUUGACCUCUUAGGAAACAGGAAACACUCAAGGAGAAGCUUUUCCGCGAGCAGCACUGAACUCUCUCAGAGGGAUGACACCAAUGAUGGCAGUGGUGGGGCUCGGGCCAAAUCCAAGAGUGUCUCUUUCAACUUGGGCUGCAAGAAAAAGGCCUGCCACGGGCCACCUCUCAUCAGAACCAUGCCAAGAGCCGGGGGUGCCCAAGGGAAGUCAAAAGCUGAGUCAUCAAGUAAACGGUCCUUCAUGGGUCCUUCUCUCAAGAAACUCGGUCUCUUGUUCUCCAAAUUUAAUGGUCAUAUGUCUGAACCCAGUUCAGAGCCAAUGUACACCAUUUCGGAUGGCAUCGCUCAGCAGCACUAUAUGUGGCAGGACAUCAGAUAUUCUCAGAUGGAGAAAGGGAAAGCAGGGGCCUGUUCUCAAAGUGAAAUUAACCUCAGUGAGGUAGAAUUAGGUGACGCCCGGGGUGCUGCUGAGAGCAGUGAAUGCCCCCUAGCCUGUUCUAGCUCUCUCCACUGUGCAUCCAGCAUCUGCUCCUCAAAUUCUAAACUUUUAGACUCCUCAGAGGAUGUAUUUGAAACUUGGGGAGAGGCUUGCGACCUGCUCAUGCACAAAUGGGGUGAUGGACAGGAAGAACAAGUUACAACGCGGCUCUAAGUCUAAGCCCCUAUCCCCUGUUGUGGAACACAAGAGAAAAUUUGUAAUUUCCUUGCUCUCAGAGGUGACAUAGCAUCUGAUUCCUUCAUUGCCCACCGCCCCCACCAGAAAGGAGAGUGAAACUCCCAGUAUCUUCACUGUCUUUUAUAGCCACAUUUUCCAUUUUUUUUUUUGUUCUUGUUAGUAUGAUUAUUAUUAUUGCUAUUGUUUGCCUUUUUAUGCCUAUUAACAUGAAGUCCAUCUCACAAUCAGCUGCAGGGGUGUUUGCCCCGAAUCAGCAGAGGUGCAGUCGGGUGCUUUACCCUUUGGCUUUGCUUUUCUUCCCCUUGCUUCCUUGAAGCUCCAGGUGCCACUUUGCUACUGUUGCUGCCGCGCAGAGUCCUGACCUUUCACAGGAUCUCAUGCCAUUUCCCCACGGGGCUGAGGGAGGUGCUCGGCAGUCCCCACCAGCUAUCAGAUGAGGCAAGCCAACCUGCCUAUCGAUGUCUGUUGCCCAUUCCAGUUCAACAAACAGCAUCACAGGGAGACUGAACAGACUCCAAAGAAUUGUCAGCUUAUGGUUUCUGGGUAGAACUGGCCUUUCUCGUUGUUUUUGUUUUUAAACACAAUGAUUUCUCCUUAUCGUGGGGGCUGUUGAGUGUUUCGUUUCUAAAAGAUGUGUUAGUUUCCCCAUGUGUGCCAGUGAAUAUUUACCACAUAGUAUGUGUCCUAUCUAAUAAGUUAGUGAAUUCCUUUCCUGUGUUUGUGUGUUUCAGUUGACUUACUACCGUUUAAAAUGUGAUAGUAUUGAGAUUAGUAUUUAGGAUGUGUGCUGUUUUUAAGACCCUCCUCCUCUGCACUCUAACCAGUAGUCGCUACAUCUCAUACAUUGGCAAAAAAAAA